UUGCGGGGCUGAGGCGAGCUGAGGCGAACGCCGCCAUCAUGAUCCACAGCCUGUUCCUCAUCAACGCGGCGGGCGACAUCUUCCUGGAGAAGCACUGGAAGAGCGUCGUGAGCCGCUCCGUCUGCGACUACUUCUUCGAGGCGCAGGAGCGGGCCUCGGAGGCGGAGAACGUGCCGCCCGUGAUCCCCACGCCGCACCACUACCUGCUCAGCGUCUACCGCCACAAGAUCUUCUUCGUGGCCGUCAUCCAGAGCGAGGUGCCGCCGCUCUUCGUCAUCGAGUUCCUGCACCGCGUCGUGGACACCUUCCAGGAUUAUUUUGGUAUCUGUUCGGAGGUGAUGAUCAAGGACAAUGUUGUGGUGGUUUAUGAGGUGCUGGAGGAAAUGCUGGACAAYGGCUUUCCAUUGGCAACGGAAUCUAAUAUUCUCAAGGAGCUGAUAAAGCCUCCCACUAUCCUGCGAACAGUUGUCAACACCAUCACAGGAAGCACCAAUGUGGGUGACCAGCUCCCCACUGGACAGCUCUCAGUGGUGCCUUGGAGACGUACUGGUGUGAAAUACACCAACAAUGAAGCUUACUUUGAUGUGAUUGAGGAGAUAGAUGCAAUCAUUGACAAAUCAGGAUCCACAAUUACUGCUGAAAUCCAAGGGGUGAUUGAUGCUUGUGUCAAGCUGACUGGCAUGCCAGACCUUACACUCUCCUUCAUGAACCCCCGCUUAUUGGAUGAUGUCAGUUUUCAUCCGUGUGUGCGUUUUAAGCGCUGGGAAUCGGAGCGAAUCCUCUCCUUCAUUCCACCCGAUGGGAAUUUUCGCUUGCUYUCCUACCAUGUCAGUGCUCAGAAUCUUGUGGCAAUUCCUGUCUACGUUAAACACAACAUAAGCUUCCGUGAUGGCAGCUCACUGGGACGCUUUGAGAUCACCGUGGGACCCAAGCAGACCAUGGGAAAGACGAUAGAGGGAGUGAUGGUCUCCAGCCAGAUGCCGAAAGGUGUCUUGAACAUGAGCCUCACCCCAUCACAGGGAACACACGUCUUUGAUCCAGUUACAAAGUUGCUCUCAUGGGACGUUGGGAAAAUAAACCCCCAGAAGCUGCCGAGCUUGAAAGGGACCAUGAGUCUUCAAGGUGGGGCAUCCAAACCUGAUGAGAACCCCACCAUUAAUUUGCAGUUUAAAAUUCAGCAGCUGGCUAUAUCUGGACUGAAGGUGAAUCGCUUGGACAUGUAUGGGGAGAAGUACAAGCCAUUCAAGGGGAUAAAAUACAUGACUAAAGCUGGCAAGUUCCAAGUCCGAACCUAGAGGCGCCUGGCAGUGGGGAAGAGCACUUUCCUCUUUCUCUUGCACCUAGCUGUUGGAUGCAGCCUCUCCCCACCAUCACGCAUUCAGGGUUUCUCCCUUAUCUCUACAAGCAGCUGCUGGAGAGCUAGUGCUUGGGAUGCUGGGGAGCAGGAAAAAGCAGGGCUGCCCCCAAAACAUCUYAUCCCUAACCGCCUCCGGAAUAGAGCGGUGACAGAUGGGAGAGGUGUUGAGGUCCCUUGGGAUUAGUGAGUCAUAUAUGUAAGCCUGUAUCACCUUCACCUUGCUGUCCUCAAGGAAAUUCUAGGGAUUUACUCCGUUUACAUCUGUUCCUUACGUUUUUGUUGGCUUUUAUUCCCUAUGCAGCUGAYGCAAAGUUGAACUUCCUUACAGCUCACCUCGGUGUGAUGGUGUGGCACUGGCUCCUCUCCCUCCCUGGGGGUUGGGAGAGCUAAAAUUCUUGCAGGCAGAGCGCUCGGCUGKACGUUCUGCUACUAAGAGCCUGGAGAAGUGGAAAGGUAGAUUGUGUGGGAUACCUCAGAGGGAGGAAGRGAAGGAAGGCAUGUCUGGAAAUCUCAGAAAUCCUCUUUGUUUAAUAAUUUAAGUAUCUCUGGGGAUAGACUGUAAACUCCUGAAAACCUUAAUAUGGUCUUCUGUGAAAAGCUAGCAGAAGCACAGAUUAUUUUGUAACGAAUGGAUGAUGAUCUUGGAAUGCAAUUCUGUGUCUCAUUUUUGCUUGAUAUUUGGUGUGGGGUUUCUCAUAGCUUCUUUCAGGGGGUCAGGGAAAUGCCAGAAGCUGUAAAGAAACCCACAUGGAAUCAAAGCACUGAUGGGAACAGAAGCUGAGGCAGCUGAUCACAAUCCCAGUAACUUGUCCAAACCUYUUCUGGCUUCUGCUUGCCUCUUAAGAAUGAAGGUGAUACUGCUGUUCUUCUGCUCACUGAUGUCUUUAUAUGAGAUAACUGUGUCCUGGUACCUGUGUGGUGGGUUUUUUUUUUGCUGUCCUACCUCAUUCUCCUUCCUUUCUCAAUCAGCUGCUAUGCAGGUGAAUUGUAGCCUACACUGGAUUUUUCCCCAGGGCCCUCUCUUCUGUAGGAGAUGCUGCUGCAUCUGCUGCAUCAGUCUGUGCUCUGUCUCUCUCUACAACAUAAAUACGAAAUGAAGGACCUAUCUGCUGUUCCAUAUUGUCUGUAAUGUGCUCUUUGGCCACUAGAUGCCAAUGUGUUUAUUUUUGUGGUAGCAGAACCUGUCCAUAAGCUGCUGUGCAUGAAACUACAGCAUCURUGAGGUGGCUGUGGAGCUCAGCAUGUGUGGUUUGUGCUUGUGAACAGAACAGUGUGCUGGAUACUACCCGUUCUGGUUUGCCUGUGAUGGAUAUGUGCAGCAGGUGGGUGGCAUCUCAAUUCCAUGAUUGCAGAUUCCAGUGCAGCUGCCACUGCAGGUGGCC